AAAGAAAAGAAAAAGAAGCCCAUAAAAUGAAAUCAGCUAAAGCUAAAACUUAAACACAGAAAAACAUUGAUAGAUGAGAAUAAAAGUAGUCCGUAACACACACUCUCUCUCAAUAUAUAUAUAUAUAUAUAUAUAAUCUAUAUACCAUACCUCUGGCGAGGACAAGGAUGAACACCACCACCUCCGGCGGUGUACCACCGUCGAAGAGGAGGAAAGGAAUCCACGCCCUCAGUCACGACACUCUUUGUACGAUUUUCACUCUUCUCGACCUCAUCGAAGCCGUUCGCUGCACCACCGUUUGCAGAUACUGGAGAACAGUCAUCAAUAAGUAUAAGUUGCUACAAGUACUAUACUCCAAGCAAGAAAGGAGGAACUCUGCAGACCUCUUUGAUGCGUCGAUGUGUUCAGAGAGGUCAUUGAAGAUACAUUUGGAGGAGGUAGCUAUGGAUUGGCAUAGAUUCUCCUUACGAGUAAGACCGAUUGAUAUCUACCAGUGGAAAGGUCAUUCAGUUGGGGUUGAUAAGUGCCGAAUGAAGAUGGGAUUGAUUCUUACCGGUGUAGGUGAUAAGGUGAUGCGUCUCUGGUCAGCAGAAAGAUACAAAUGUUUGGAUGAAUAUUCUCUUCCAGAUAACACCCGUUUAGUUGAUUUUGAUUUUGAUGAGAACAAGGUUGUUGGUUUGGUCGGGACUCGUAUAUGCAUAUGGAGGCGGCAUAAUGCGGAGAGAAAUAUAUUUCCCUCACGUGAAAACCUGUUUACAAACGGUUUAUGUAUGCGUUAUGUAGAUCCAGAGGCAGUGGUUGGAUGUGAAGAUGGUACUGCUCGCGUAUUUGACAUGUAUAGCAGGAAAUGUUCUCAAAUUAUUAAAAUGCAUCUUGGGCCAGUGACAUGCUUAUCACUGAGUGAUGAUCAAUUGAUUAUUAGUGGUUCCUCAACUGGUGGUAUCACAGUAUCAGGUCUUUCAACUGGUCAGCGGGUAGCUGCCCUAAUGUCAAGUGAUUCCUCAGGCAUAAGAACCUUGUGUUUCAAUCCUUCUUCUCAUUUACUGUUUGCUGGAUCAACGUCAGGAUAUGCUUCUUGUUGGGACCUUAGGACAAUGAAAAAACUUUGGGAGACACGAGUAAGUCCCAAUGUUUUAUAUUCUAUGCAUCACCUGCAAAUUGAUAGAUCAACAUUAGUUACUGGUGGAAUAGAUGGUGUGCUACGUGUAUUGGAUCAGAACACGGGUGAAGUGUAUUCAAGGUGCAUUAUGUAUGAAAGUAACAGGGGAUCGAAUCGCACAGAAGACGUGUAUGGAGUCAUUAAAAGUAAUCAAGCGGUAAGGCUCGCAGAAGAUGACCGCAUUGAUCUCAUUCCUAGAACUUCUCGACCUCCCAUCAGGUGCUUGGCUGUUGGAAUGCGGAAGGUUGUCACCACACACAAUGACAAGUGCAUCAGAUUAUGGAAAUUCAAAGCAUAAUCAGUAUUACCUCUUCUGGUGCGGAUUUGUGAUUAUUAAGCUUCAAUGUUAGUAACUUUUAGGGUUAAUUACAAUGACACCCCUUUGAGUUUGUCAUAAUAACAGUCAUAUAUAAGUUGGGUUUUUUU